AUGACUAGAAAAGCUCGCUCUCAAUUGCUAGUGCUGGACCGUGGCUUCGACUGCGUGUCCCCACUUCUUCAUGAAUUGACCUUACAAGCUAUGGCCUAUGACCUUCUGCCUAUAGAAAAUGAUGUUUACAGGUAUGAAGCAUCUCAAGGUCAGGUGAAGGAGGUACUGCUUGACGAGAACGACGAACUCUGGGUGGAGCUGCGUCACCAGCACAUCGCAGUGGUCUCCACCUCCGUCACCAAGAACCUUAAGAAGUUCACAGAGUCAAAGCGCAUGGGAGGAGGCGACAAGCAGUCGAUGCGCGACUUGUCACAGAUGAUAAAGAAAAUGCCUCAGUACCAGAAGGAGCUCUCGAAGUACGCGACUCAUCUGCGCCUCGCUGAAGACUGCAUGAAGGCAUACCAGGGAUAUGUUGACAAGCUGUGCAAGGUUGAACAGGAUCUUGCCAUGGGUACUGAUGCAGAAGGAGAGAAGAUCAAAGAUCAUAUGAGAAGCAUUGUACCAGUCUUGCUUGAUCAGACGGUAACCAACUAUAACAAGAUGCGCAUAAUUGCCCUCUACAUAAUGUCUAAGAAUGGCAUUUCCGAAGAGAACCUGAACAAGUUGGUGACACACGCGCAGCUCGAGCCGGCCGACAAGCAAGCGCUGCUUAAUCUUGCCAAUCUUGGUCUUAAUGUCGUCGUUGAUGGUAACAGAAAGAAGCAAUACCAGGUGCCUAGAAAGGAGCGCAUCACAGAACAAACGUAUCAGAUGUCGCGAUGGACGCCAAUUAUCAAGAAUCAUAGAUGA